GAUUCCCCCCCACCCCACCCCGUUCCCUCUCCCCCGCUCGCACCCCUGGCUCGCCCUGACUCUCGCGAGAGCCUUACAGGAUAUAAAGGCUAGCGCCCCGCGCACGCUUUGUGUGUGUGCUUCCUGACUGUCUUUUGUGGCUUGUUAGGAGUGCUGAUCGCAAUAUGUCUUCAGGAAAUGCCAAAAUUGGGCACCAUGCCCCCCAGUUCAAAGCAACUGCUGUAAUGCCGGAUGGUCAGUUCAAAGAUAUCAGCCUAUCUGACUACAAAGGAAAAUAUGUUGUGUUCUUCUUUUACCCUCUUGACUUCACCUUUGUGUGCCCCACGGAGAUCAUUGCUUUCAGUGAUAGGGCAGAAGAAUUUAAGAAACUCAACUGCCAAGUGAUUGGUGCUUCUGUGGAUUCUCACUUCUGUCACCUGGCAUGGAUCAACACACCCAAGAAACAAGGAGGACUGGGACCCAUGAACAUUCCCUUGAUAUCAGACCCCAAGCACACCAUUGCUCAGGACUAUGGGGUCUUAAAGGCCGAUGAAGGCAUCUCAUUCAGGGGCCUUUUUAUUAUUGAUGAUAAAGGUAUCCUUAGACAGAUCACCAUAAAUGACCUUCCUGUUGGCCGUUCUGUGGAUGAGACACUGAGACUAGUUCAGGCCUUCCAGUUUACUGACAAACAUGGGGAAGUGUGCCCAGCUGGCUGGAAGCCUGGCAGUGAUACCAUCAAGCCUGAUGUCCAGAAGAGCAAAGAAUAUUUCUCUAAGCAGAAGUGAGCACUGGGCCAUUUUAGGGCCAGGCUGCAGUAGGUGGCCAUGAGAACAAAACCUCUUUUGUACUAUUGUCAUGCUUAAAACACAAGACCUUACACUCAGCCCAGAUGUGCUGUGGGACAGGACAGGCCUUUCCUGCAGGGGUUGGGGAGGCCAGCCUUUCUUCCUCUGGAGGGAAUGGCCUGAGCUGUAUUAUGGGGCAGGCAAACUGACGUGUAUAGUAGUAGGGUAUCACUUUUGGUCUUUUGUAGUUUUAUUAAACUUGAGCUGAGACCUUGUUGAUUCUUCAUUUUAGGGGGACAUUAGCCUUUGAGUGUAAGAGGAAUUUACUUUUUGCUUUCCCUCUUUAGGGGAAAAUGAGGUGUGAGAGUGCCUCAGAAUCAGGAAAUUAUAUUGAGGGGAAAUGCAAGUAGAUACAGAGAAUGGACCUCGAAGCAAGGUGUUUCCUUUCACCAUAUCUGGAGAAGAGCAAGGCCUACUACAGUACUGGCCAAGGCACUGCAAUUUAUGCUAUAGGCUGGAUUGCAGGUUAAGAGCCCAAUGAGAUUACUGACAUUUACUUUUACACUACUGGGAGGGCUGUAUGAAAACCUGAAGCUUGGCCUCUUCUGAUAAAUGCCUGGUACUGGUUCUGUAAAAAGAUCAGAGUUAGAGGCUUCAGUACCUUUGGAACUAAAAGGGGGAGGGGGAGACAAACACAGCGCUGGUGUUCAUAGGGUAGGCUUUCUGUGUCAAAAGCACAGUGCUGAGCAUCUCUUGGCUUCCCUGGGUUUCUAUCCUUGAUUUAAGGGUAGUUCUUAUCCUCAUAUCAUUGUCCUGAGGGAGGGUUGUCAGUGGGGCAAAGGUGGAUUCCUCCUGGGCUCUUGAGGCUAGGGCAGAUUCAGGACUGAGAAUCCUUCUGCAUAUCAUGUGGUGCCCUUCUAGACACCUUCCAGACACGGCUACCCCAGCCUACCUACCCCCUCCAGUAUUCAGACAAGCAAGAACUAUGAGCAGCAGUAUAGGAUUCCUGGGGCCUUUAAUAAUAGCUUAUUAUAUGCCAGGCACUAUUUCGUAUUUAUUCAGUCUCCAUAAUAACUCUCUGAGGCAGGUACCGUUAUUUAGGGGAUAGUUGCUUCUUAAGCCCUGUAACAAGUAGCAUCUUGAAGCACUGCAGAGAAAUGGUAACAGGUAAUAAUCCCAUAUUCCAAGGCAGGUGGCAAGUCUGGAUCUGCUUUGGUCUUUUGACCAAACUUCUUUAAGCCUUGUUAUCUUCAUUUAAGAUCUCUACUAUAAUUCUUUAUCAAAAAUGAUCAUCUUGUACCCAGUAAAAUCUUAUCUAGCCAAAUAAGUCCCAGCAGGUGCCACUGUCAUAAAUGAGGAUCCCACAGGGGAGGGAGGGUAUCAAGGGCCAGGGGAUGCAGGUGGUGAGACCCUGGGGCUUAGCCAGCCUCUGCUGGGAUUCUGAGGCUUCCUGGGUAUGAAUGUGGUAAAGUGAAGCUCUUGGGAUGUAGAGCUAGGCUCCUCUGAGGUCUGGGCCAAGCCCAAUAAGGCCAAGCGUUGGGCAGGCGGAGUGGAAAAGUAGGCCUUCUGCUCUUCUGAGUAGCGCUCCUGAGGUGGCACAGCAUCCCGGUAAGUCCAGUCACGCCAAUGGAAGUUGAAGCGUUCAAGCAGGGUGAUCCGGUCAGCUCUUGCAGGUACACAGUCGAGGGGCUUGGUGGGUGGCAGAUCCGGCACCUCUAUUCCUCGCAGCAGCACUGCCCCUCGGAUGGCAAACCAGCCCCCAAAUCUGGGAUGUAUGCACACACCUGAUAUGUGCUGGGGAGCGGGUAAAAAAAAAAAGUCAUGGAGGUUGUCUUGGCACCAAAUCCAGCUACCAGCAAUGCAAGCUAGGUUUGUUCACUUACUCAUUCUCAUUUCUCAUUCUGAGCCCACAUGUGAGCCUCUGUCAGUCUUUGACUGGACUCCUCUAUUCCCUCUCCUGGACAACUUUUUUCAUGAAGUCACUGACCACAAGGAAAGGUUCCUUAAGCUGAACUUUAGCUUCCCAGUCUCACCACUGGUCUAAUCACAGCUCUGCCCCCUCCAUUCUGUCACAAAGACUGAGCAAACAGACUAGUUCUCUGACGUCAUGUGUCCCUAGGAACCAGACACCUGACCAUGGUGCACCUUUGUCCUGCAUUGUACCCGUCAAUUCCUUUACCCAGGGGAGGUGGAAGAAUGACACCUGCAAUGUUUUUUUUUUUCUUUUGGCUGUGCCUCGUGGUUUGCAGGAUUCUCAGUUCCCCAACCAGGUAAUGAACCCGGGCCACAGCAGUGAAACCCCGGAAUCCUAAACACUAGGCCACCAGGGAACUCCUAGGACUUUAAAUCUUGAGGGAUUUUCCUUUUCUUUCUCAGCCCCUAUUCAUAUUUGCCCUCUGACCUGGGUUCCCCAGGGGUCAGACUCCACAUCCUGUCGUUGGUAGUAAUAAGCUGCCCCUGCCACAUGGGCUGCUGUCUGGGCCAGAAUCUUGGGGCGCCGGUUCGGGUGUACCUCAUAGUCAGCGAUGACUUCUACUUGCAUCUCUGGGAGGCUCUGUGAUAGAGAACAAGAUGCAAGCUUUUAGCACAAGAGGAAUCAUGACCAUGUCCAACAGAGCCUUAAGUUGUGUCAACACGGCCUUGUCCUCAGAAGUCAUGUUUAAAGGGGAAACAUGACCUUAAACUUGGAAUGGGGUUGUGGGCUCCAGCAUAAAGAAAACGAUAUUGUGUCUAGGAGGGCCCAUGUUUGAAGGGAAAUACACAAAGUCUUGUUCAGAAACCUUUAUGAGGGGUGACUUGGCUCUGCCCUCCAAAGGCCCAAUGUGGAGGAAGAUAUGGCCCAGCUUUGGGGAGACCCAGUGUAUGUGUACGUGUGUAUAUACAUGUAAAGUGUGUAGUGGGGGAGUAUUCUGUCCUCAAGACCCCAAAGACAGCAUAAAGCUUUCAGGUCUAGGGCAAAGACAGGUGAGAGAUGCGUGGGGAAUGUUGGGCUUAUUCCCAUUUCACUUGGAGGCCAAGGGAAAUCUGAUCAUAUAGUUGUCCAUCAGUGAAGGGUGAGUGAGACUGAUUUCAGACCUGGGGGGUUGCUAGAGGAGGUGGCCAAGCCUGGGGUGAGAAGGCAGAAUAGGGAGAGAUCACAUUGUCAAGGCUGGCUUUAGGAUACCCUUCUGCCCGGGAAGUGGCUCCUAGCCCUAGGCAGGUCUAGAUCCUGCACUAAGCUUCGAGGAGCUGGAAGCAGAUGCAGGUUUUGAAGCUGGGGAAGGCUACAGCCAGCCUUGCUCACCUCUCUAACACGGCCCAGGUGGUAGGCCACACACUGGUCCACAGGGUCAGUCAGUGGUUGGAGGUGGCAGCUCUGCAGGAAGGGCUUGAGGGCCCGGUCAAACAUGGCAGGUGUGCUGAGUACCAGGAAGGCCAGGGUAGGUCCUGGCAGGGGCAGGUGGAAGGCUGGAGGCAGGAGUGCAUUGUACCAUGCCACCUGGAACAGAGAAAAUUCAGGCCACACAAGAGGGCCAACUUAGGCCUUAGCCAGGCCCAUACCUUAGCUUCGCAUUCAAGGCUUCAUGCAUCUUGCCCAGCCUCCAUCUUAACCAAUGAAAUUCUACUGAUGUAUGAUGUGUGUUUAUGGGGACGCAUCUGAAUCUGACAGGGAGUUACAAUAGAGACAAAGAAUUCAUAAACAACUAAGAACAAAAAAAAAAUUGAUUAUAUUGUGAUUAGUGCAAUAACAGGGCCAGUGAAGGCCCUCUGAAAUUAGAAAAGGCUUUUUGGAAGCUGAGUCUUGAAGGCUAGGAAGGAAACUUACAGGCUGACAUGGAGA